AUGCUCUCGUUCCUCUCCGCGACCCCCGCGCUGCGCGUCCCCGCGCCGAUGAUGCAGCUGCAGACCGGCGUCGGCACCAUGGCGGCGGCCAUUGCAGACAUCGCACAUGAGCCAAAGGCCUCCGGCUCGACGACGAAGGCGUCGCAGUCGACGUGCCCACGUCGCGUGGGCACCUUUGCAACGCCGCCUACCGGCGCCCACAGCGUGCUCUAUCUCAUCCUCGACGACUGGAGCCACGCGGCGCACUGCGUACCAUCGCGCAACAGCUUUCUCUCGGGCCGAAGCCCCGAGACGACGCGCGUGCUGGGCUCAGUGGACCGCGCACAGGCGCUCCACGACGGGACGGGACGGGACCCGCACAGCACCUAUGCGAACAAAACCAGAUGUGGGGCAUCGUGGACGUCGCUUCCGGAGCAUUUUCACACGCAGGGCUGGCAUGUCUUCGGUGCAGGCAAGAUCUUCCACGGUGGGCAGACCAACAGUGAGAUGGCGCUGCGAUACAGCCCGAAGCAAGCGCGGUCCUACCUGAAGCACAACUACGGCGCGUGCCCACGCGAUGGAUGCGAGAUCCGUCGCAUUACAGACUCCCAACGGCCUUCCCGAGGCGCCAUCGACUUCUGCGUCGUGGAUGAUGACAGCAAGCUCUUCGACGAGAUGCUCGCCGAGCGCACGAUCCACCAGCUGGACGAGGCGGUGCGGAUGCAGCGCUCUGGUGGGCGGCCCUUCAUGGUCAUGGCUGGCUUUGUCAGGCCGCACGCGCCGUGGAUGGUGCCGCGGCGCAAGUGGCUCGAGCUAAACAAGCACGGCGCUCUCGACGCGUGCUCACUUUACGAGACCACCUUCUCAGCCACGAACGCCGCGAAUAUCGGUUGCCAGCGAAGCCCCAAGACGUGGCUGGUGCCCGAGCAGUCCACCAACAACACGUGCUCAUUCGCCGAGAAGGAUCUGCUGGACGGUCUGGAAUGCGGCAGGCCCAUCGACACCUCGGUACGAACCGAAGCGCGCCGCGCAUACUUUGGCGCGCCGCAACCAGCGGGCCCCGCAGAGGUGGAAUGGCCGCUCGAAGGAAAAGACGUGAGUGUCGUCUUCACCAAGCAAAUCCCUCUCCAGCAGUCCACGGAAGGCUUCGAAGUCGCCUUCUCGCAGUUCUUUCGCUGCAACGCCGUUUCCGGCAGAUGUGAGCCUCCUGAAGCCGAGCCAUGGGCAUCAGGGCCUGGGUGGCAUUGCCUCUGCACGUGCAGCGAAGAGAAGGACGCCGCCAACGGGCCAUUGUUCAUGGGCUACGCGGUGCGCACGUUCCGGUUCCGUUACGUUGCAUGGAUGCGCUGGUCCAACGGCUCCGCACUGUGGGGCACGCCGCCGGUCGCUGAGGAGCUCUACAUGUAUGACCUGCAGUCGGGCAUGCAGUCGGGAAGACGAGCUCUCCACCACCCCGCGGCCAGACGAGGUUUGCAGCCCGCAAACACGACGACGGCGUCCGGCGCGAUUUUUGGCGGGCCGUCUGGGGAGGAGUGGCAGGAGCUCGAGCGGUGGGCCACGCUCUGCCCACGCGUGUACGAGGCGAAGGACCUGUCGCGCUCUCCGACCUACGCCAAGACGAAGCAGAUCCUGCUCGAGCGCGUGCGGAAGCGGUUUGAGCCGGGGUAUGUCGCCUCGUUGCCGUGGCCUCCGUGGGGCAAGCCGGCUGAGCCGCAGGUGCUCGUAGAUGAUGUGACGGGUAGUCGGGAUAGAUAG